AUGAGCACUAUUGCUGAUCGUGUUUCGGCUUGUCUCCAAGAGUUCAAUAGCCUCUGCAAUUCCCCGGCAAUAAGGACAGACAGUGUUCUCGGCAAGGGUACUCAGAGCGAUUUAUCGCUAUUGAAGCUGCAGAACGAGCUGAGCAGAUUCAAAGUCUGGAGUGGAAACAUUGGCGCUCAUAAAAAAGGAAGAAGCUCGCUCGAUCACAGGCUUCGGGAUGCGUCAAAUAUUCGGGAUCAGGUGGUUGAGCUUUUGGAGGACUUGAGGGAGUCUCUAAAAGAUGCCAAGGACAUCUUUACGGGACAAUUGACACCGUGGGAUCAAGAGCAGCCCCCAGCUAAGUUUUCAGAUGACGAUUCCGAUGAUGGAUCUUUGGCAGUCGACGUACUUGGACCAUCUGAGCUCUCUCAAAUAUUUGCUGCCAUCGUUGAAGACAUCAACUGCUUGUUUAGACUUUCGGUGUCCAUUCACAAUCCGUCUCCUCACGACCGCUUCAAGAAAGCCUGCUUAACCGAUACAUCUAGCUACGAGCCAUUUGACGUCCAGCAUGUGUGUAAUAAGCUCUCUAAAGCACCGAAGCCCAUCGCUGAAAGACUUGGAAAGGCGAUUUCUCGACGAAGGCAGUAUUUCAAAUACAGAGAACUACAUCAUGAGAAGUUAGCCAGUGGGCUUGAACUCGAUGGUAAGGACCAGAUGCAGAGUACUGUAGCCUCUUCAUUGCCAAAGAGGCUUAAGGUGAAUGAAUCUAUCUCUCUGGAGAAGGACGUGGAUGAUGCAUCGGACACCAGAAGAUCACAGACUUCUUGGGCAACAUCAGCUGCGAAUCCAGAAAGACGUAAGAUACCUCCCCUCCCAGCGGAAGCCGAGAAUGGACCCUUCGAGUGCCCAUUUUGUUUUAUGAUGAUAUCUAUUACUUCGAGGAUUCAUUGGAAGAAACACGUAUUCUCAGACCUGUUUCCUUACGUUUGCGUUGAGUUGGGUUGUCCGGCCCCAGACCAAGACUUUCAGAGACGUCACCAGUGGGCCGGUCAUGUCAAGAAACACCAUUGGAAGACAUGGACCUGCAAGCUUGGAUGCAACGAGACAUUUGUCUCCUUGCAAGGUAUGAAGGGGCAUUUGGCGCAAAAGCAUUCGGAAACCGCGGAAUUGACUCACCUCGUCAGCCUUCUCGCCAUGUGCGAGAGGCCUAAGUCAGAGUACGAGCCGGCAGACUGUCCUCUAUGCGGAGAAAGACAAUCUUCAUUUAAGCAAUACCAACGGCAUGUUAGCCGCCAUCAAGAGGAUCUCGCUCUGUUCGCAUUACCCCAUCUUCCAGGGGAAGAAGAUGACAAAAACGAAGCAUCUGAUUCCGACUCCGAGGGAAAACAAGAAGCGGAGUCUGAAGAACAAGACGAGUUGCAGAAAGCCAGCUCUUAUGUCGCCCGCAUUUCUAAUGAGAGCGGAGACGAGGUUACAGAUGUACCGGAGCGAAGCAUUCGAUAUGCUCGAGAGGAAGUUUUCGCUCCUGUCUCUGCCAUAGACGAAAUUGUCGAUGGGCCAGGCCUUACACUACCCGAAUCCCGUCCAUGGAAGUGUCCAGAUGUGGCUAUGAUACGCAAUAUUGGUUCAGGAGAUCAGCACAAUUCAACCAUUAUAGUCUGGUCUGAUGAUGAAAAAGACGGAACUUAG